UGAGCAGUUUCACCUCUACUUUUUUGUUUCUGUUUGAGAAGUUGUCAAACCGAAAGAAGUAUCUUCAAAUCGUAAAAUUCGCUUUGUCCAUUUGUCUAACCUGGUCGAAGUGAACUUGCAGUCUGUGAUCAUGUCGUUUAGAGGACGCGAAUACAACGAUGAUUCUGCUGCGAAACUUCUUCGUUCCGUCCGACAGCAGGUGAGCUUGAUUUUCGUAAUUUUGAAUGAGUUAGGCGAUAUAUGAAUCAUCAUCAAUCUUUGGUAGUGGUUGUCUGUGGAUUUACGUGUGCAGUUGCUGUCUUUGUGUAGAAUUUGAGGUCGCAUUACUUAAGAGUAACUUUCUCGAUCGACCAUUUUCGUUGAACAUAUUUAGCGAUUGAGCUUGUAAACACUCUCAUGAUUUACUUUUCCCUCGUGACAGGAAGCUCACUUUGAAAUGCUUUCUCGAGAAUUGGAACAAGAGCGCAGAAACGUGGCUCACCAAUUGGAAAAGGUAAACUUUGAUCUCCAUAAAGUUUUGAUCGAAUACCAGCUUUCCUAUCGAACAUUUUCGUCUUUCGAUAGAAGCUAUUCGACGACAGUAAACUUUUAAUGGGAUUUAACGUCACUUGUUUUUCUAUUGCAGUGUAAAUAUGGCUCCGAAACAGCAAGUGUGAGCUCGAUGGGGAGGUAAUAUUGAACAUUUGCUUUGAGCACGGAAACUUACCUGCUAGUAAUUUGAAUUUAUAUAAGAACCUUCUCAGCUUGAAAUUAUUGCUAAGCCAUGGGUUUGCUGUUGUACGUUGGUGUAAGGCUAUUGUGAGUUGUCUCGAAUGCUUACUUAAGAUUUUGAAAUUCGAAUCUACUUUGCCGGUAAACCCCAGCUAAAAUCCCCUUGAGAUCGGACGGAGGACAUCACAUUUCACUCGUUAAAACCCAUGUCAAGCGAGGGCAGUCAAUGGUGACAACUGGUUUAGUAGAGCUUUCACCAUUCAAUUUGUUUUUAUAUUUCAAAUAUUCCCUUAAAUGGUAAAGAUUGGUGAUUUUUAGAGCAUGAUUCAUAGAGGUUUGCUUUUAUAUUGAAAGAUUUUACAGCUUUAAACCUAUAAUGUAGGAAUUUUUCUAAAACUACAGUAUCUUAUGUACGUAAUUCCAGGUAUUCUGAGGUCUUUAAACAGAAACAUUGAUAACCAAAUUGUUUGAAGUGUCGAAGUUGGAUCAUUCUUAAAAUUUCCUUAUCUGUGUUUUACGAAUAAUAUCUCUUGGAUCUCGUCCUGCUGGCAACAUUCACUUUCCAUUAAACUGCGUGAGGAAGGGAGAUCUAAGAGAUCGUAACGGGUAUAAUGAUCGCUGAUUGAUUUGAACUCUUAAAGAACUUAAGCUUUUGAGCCCAUUAGGGUUUAAAGAAACGUGGAAAGGCUUUUUUUUAUUCAAAAACAGUGGUACUGAUAUUUCUUAAUGACUCCUGUGGCCGAAAUCGAUAUUCUAAGAUAAAUGUGUUUGGAUAAUUUUCCGUGCAGGUACUGUUUGAUUUGUACAAGUGCUAUUGUUCUUAGGAGUAAACUAUGUCCUAGUUCAUCGUCAAAUUCUUUGUUGUUUCGUCAAAACUGAAGGACGUUUUCCAGUUUACAAUUCAUUGUUGUGGUUUCUAGAAAAUAUUCGUCGCCAAAUUCAUUUUUUAAUUCCUUUUCUGGUUCUUGACGUCAAGUAAUAGAGAUCUUUGCGGUGUUGCCAUUAAAUUACAUGGAAUGUUCCAAAGUGUGAAAUAUUUUUGGCUGAGGUGUCAAACUGUUGACAGUUUUCUAGAAUGUGAAUUUCCAGAUGUAAUUUGUAUUUAGCCAAGAAAUUGUUUGAAGUUACUGCACAGGAUGUACAAGAGCAACUGUUAUGAUUCCUUUUGGACUGAUAGGUUGCCUUGUUUCAUUUUCUAAAAGCAGCAUUGAAAAUGUUUGUGACUAAUUAGAUUAUCUUUUGACAGAUACAAGCCUCAGUUUAAAAUACAAAGGUUAGGAAACAAUUAAAAUGUAUUUAUCUUCCUUUUGCAAGUUUCAAUGAAUUUAAGGUCAUAGUCCUAAACCGAAGACCUUAAAUUUUGAUGGAUAAGGCAGGUUUAGACUCCAUUAUCUGCUCCAUUUUAAUAAGUGACAACAUUCUUUCUUUGCUGCGAACAUUUUUUCAGACCACGACGCAUAAGUAAAGUUAUAGGAAAUAAAGUGAACUAAACUUUUUAUCAGACUCAAAUUUUCCAUUUAUAAUAAUUUGACCUCAAUAAACAUGGCAAUUCCUCUGAUAUUUAAGUAUCGAGGUGCUUUUAAUCAUGCAAAUUUUUUAGUUAUAAUGAGAACUUCCCUGAAAUAUCCCCUUAUUGUGGAGGAUUCCCAAGAAAUUUCCUUAAACAUGUAGGAAAGAAACUCAACUUAGGUAAAAAAAAGUGUAUUUGGUUUCAGGUUUUUUUUUUUUUGCGAUUUAUGUUUAAUUACCUUGUAGUUGGUGUGUUUUUCCUUAUGAGCUAGAAUACCUUGCUUCUUUUUUAUAUAAAGUAAAGGGAUUCCAUGUUGCCACAAUUGAUGUCAUCUGUGUUCUACUGCAGAACAGAUGAAUUACUUGUUAAAGUGAUGUAAAUGCUACAAUCUAGUGUUUUCAGCUAAGGGGCAUAGGUGAAAGGUGAAUGCCAGUCACAAUUCUGUCCAGUGGCUUUGUCUAAAGAAUGACAAUGAAGAAGCUCUUGAAACAAAAUAUCUUUUUCAUGAUCAAAUUUUUUCACACAAAUAAAGUUUUUUUUUCUUUAAGGAAAAUUUUUUGAAUAAAUCAGCUGAUACUCUCUUUGAAGGUUUUUAUGCUUGGAUACAUUUUAACAUAUGAUGAGGAUUUAGAAAGGGCUUGAGUUGCCAUGUGAUAAUACUAACUUGUGCAUGAGAGAUAAAAUGUAGAAGGAACUGGUGUGAUUAUUUGGGAUGAUGAUAAGUUGCUUUUGUCAACAGUUCCACCGAUGAUUCCUUUGUUUGGCGUGGAAAUCAGGGGCCAGGAAGUAUUGGUGAUGAACAGGAUCUGUCAGAUAAUGAGAGUCAGCUAAGUGGAUCAGCUCUUGUUGAUUCAUGCUUGUGAGUUGGAGGAACCAAAAUUGAGUAUAUGUUCUCUGUUUAUUUGUACUUGUACAUGGUUGAAUUUGUAAUAAAAUAUUCAGUUUUUUCUUUCUAGCUUUUUACCUAGUGCUACAGAAUAGGGUUUAAACCCAAAAGUACCUGUCAAUUGUAUAGUGUAAUUUUGCGAGGAGGAUAGUCUUGGAAAGGACUGUAAGGUUUUACAAUCUGAACAGAGGUUAUCAUCAGAGUUGCAACACUGAUAUUAAAGUUAUCAUGUAUUCUGGACCUAAAUUGAAUGUAAUGUCAUUCAUGUAAUUUCAAUAUUGUUUUGGCACUUUUAUUAAUUGUAAAUUAUCGUCUAUAUAUAUUUUUUUUAAGUGGGUAUCCUUUUCUCUUGUUUGAAGAAUAUUGAAAAGGAUCUGCACUGUGAUAUUUGUGUCUUUAAACGAGUGUACCUUUGCUGUCAAUAAUUUGUACUCCUAAGAUCGAAACAUUUAAUUUUCCACACUAUACCUUUCUUAUAUUCUUAACUUUAAGAAUCUGGUGUAAAAUCAAAUGAUAUCCCCCAGUUGAUAUCUUUUAUUUGAUGGUGCUUUAGUGAUAUAACUCCAAAUUAACUCAAUCAAAUUGUUAGUGCAGAUUACAGCAAAGGUAGACAUGGAGUGGAACACAACUUGACACAUUUAAUGUAACAUAGCUGCAACCACAUCCCCUGUUUACUUGCGUGAGGUAGACUGACAUGCUCUAAAGUAGAUUUGUAAACUUGUUAGAGGGUAUGCUAUAUCAAUUCUGCCCCUCUGCUAAGGUUCCUUGCCUUUACCAUUGUCCUGUGAUAAUGUCCGCAUGGCUUAGUGCCACAUAUCCACUGUUGUCCUCCUGGGACAACUCUCUUGUUGGAGCUGUGCACUGGAUAAGCUCUUUCUUGGCUAGGCUUCACUUUAGCUGUGUUUCUCCAGCAUGACUCCAUCAUAUACCUCAAUAAGUGCACUACAACAACCAUUAUAUUGUCAACUGCAUCAUAGGAUUGACUUUUCCUGAGAGGAGUUCUCUUGUUUGUUUUGGGAGAGCUCUGCUUACCUUCCAGUAUUUUACCCUCACAGGAAUUGCAUAUGCUGUCUGCAUACUCCUCUACCUUAUUGUCUUUUUUGUGUUCCCUUCCUUCCCCCAUCAAAUAUAAUCAUUAUGGCUGUACACAAAUCUGGCAAUUGGAGCAGAAUUUCCUUCCAAGAAACAUUUCUGAUGGAACACAUGCCAUUGAGUAGACAAUGCACUGUAAUGUUGCAAUACUUGCUGAAUCAAUGGUGAUCACUCUUUGGCAAAGGAGUGAUAUCUGAGAGAACCUCUGUUUGUAACAAAUUCAUUAAUACCACAGGACUCUUCUCAGGUAGUUUAAAUGCUGGGGUUUCCCUUUCCUUCAUGCAUUUCAUUUAGCACUCCUUCAAUUUCAGGAAUUAGAAAUCUUUCACAAAUGAUUUCAAUCCAUCAUUUGCAUUUUGCACUACCACAACAAGGUUUGCCCAAGGUGUUAGAUUAUACUCACCUUCAAUGGCAUCUUUGUGUAACAGCUUGUAAAGUUCCUUAUGAAAUUUUUCCCUUAAAUUGAAAAGCAACCAUCCAUAGGCUAGUAAUUGGGUAAAAAGCUGAACAUUGAGGUCAACAAGCAACUGAAUUUACUGGUAUUUCGCUAUGAACUCAUCAUGGCUUGCACUGUUCACUGGAUUCUAUUGAACCUGGAACUCCAGGACUCUCAGCUUUACAGCCAGUUUUCUGCCAAGGAAUCUUCUCCAGUUCUUUGCCUUACAGUUAAUUCUGCUAAGAUUUUCUCUGCGGAAGUAAUAUUGGCUUCGAAUGUCCUGACAUUAUAAAAUGGACUUUCUGCUCCAUACAGCUUUUGCUGUUUCUUUUGUCCUUUCUGCAAUGUAUGGACAUUCACAAUGGAUCCGUAGACAAUAACAUUCUUCACUGGUAUCCCUCCAAGUUUAUUUGUGAUUUACACUCCUUUCACAGGUACUUUAGAGCCCCAGUUAAAUGUCUACCUUGUCCACAUCACCAGAAUUUAUCCUGCAGCUGGUAAAUUACUAUCCUUGCUCUGCCUCCCUGGCUUCUGCCCAAAUAUUUUCCUUAACAUUCCUUGUUACCUUCCCCCCUUCACUUUUUGAGGGCAUGUACCACGUCUAUCAUCUGUUAUUGAGGAUCAAUGUGGCUUUUGCAGGAUAAAUUGUUCCAUUAUACUGCACUUGUAACAGGUCACUGUAGAUCCCCAGUGACAUGUCUGCUUUGUCCAUGUCACAAGAUUUUGUCACUUGGCAAAAGGGGAAUUGAAAAAGGUGUCUAUUAGUGGAGAUUUGACAGUAUAGGGGAAGCCACAGUGCAUCAAAUGGGUUGAUUUGUUGUUUAAUUUGUGACCAUCUUUGUUGUUUUCUUGCCAUGAACAAUACACAUAGAAAUAACUUGCAACUAGAGCAGAAUUUAGUAGAAUAUUGACAGGAAGAUAUUGAUAGAUUUAACACCAAAUUCUCAAAGCUACAAUUAUACCUAAUCUAUUGACAACAGAGAGGAGAAUUGAUAUUGAGAUCUAGACGGUGAAAGGGAUAAAUUACUUCCUAUAUUGUUGACAAUAUUGUUAUAAAGAGUGUGUAAUUGUUUAUAAUAUCAUGAUAUCUUGAUGUAAACUGGAAGUAUUUCACUGUCUUUCUCAUUCUAAUAGAAGUAUUUCACCUUUGAAUUUAUGAAACUCUCAUGAAUGUGACAAAUUUGUAAGAUUUAAGUACAAUGUGCCUGAUAAUUCAUGUAUAAAUCCAAUACAACAGCUGAUACCACAGUGGAUAAUAAAUUAUAUAUUAGUUUUAUGUAAAUUGAGGGAAAGAAAAACUCAUCUCUUAAUUUCAUACAAUCCAGUACAAAAACAAUAGUUCUAAUAAUUCUGUAUGUAAAGCAAAGAUUCUGGCAGGUAAGCUAUUGUCAUUUAACAAGUUGUUAUUAUACAGUGUAUGUUCAUGUAACAUAAUUGACACAAUUCUACAGAUACAUUUUAAAAAUGCAUUUUACAUCUCCCAGUCCUUUGACAUUUAAUGCAUUGAAAUGACAUUUAUAUACAAGGACUACAAAAAUAUUGUUACAUGCUGAGAAUUGAAAGGCUGGUUUUUUUCCCUUCCCCGGCUUAUAAUUGUUUAAAAGAUUAAUUUUCAUGAAAAAAGUUUGGGUGCAAGGCCAAACUGUGUCUCUGUGAGAGGUAUAAGAUUUCUCCUUGGGUAUAAUUCAUUAAUUAUUAAGAUAUUGAUAAGCUAGUAGAAAAAAAACAGUUUGCAGAAUGUUUGAUCAGUUGCUGAAAUCCCUCGUUCUUCAACACAGUAAAGGUACAAAGCUUUUGAUAAUAUUUAGAGAAACCUCACCUCUAUAGUUGUAAGUUGUAACUCAAAGCUGUUCACAAUCAAAACAGUUUUCCCAAACCUUUUUCAUGGUUCAUAUACUGUUUCCUUGUGGUCCUAUGUCUGAUUUUUACAAUGUUAUUUUCUUAGCUAUCUGUAGAAGUUUUACUCUUUUGUUGAAAGAUGUCAUCUUGUUAAAAGCUUUUUGAUGUUCUCACAAGUAUGCUACCAUGCUGUAUAUAGAGUAUGUCACACAGUAGUUUUAAGGAACUUUUUUGUAAUGCGUUGGUACAAUUUGAUUUUUUUUUAUGUGAAAGUUCAAUUAGCAUCUUUUUGUAAAACUUAUCCAAGUAGUUAUCUCAUUUAAAUAUGCAACUAACUGAGAGAAUAAUUAUGAUUUAACUACGAAAUUUAUACUAAUUACCAACCAUAGUUUUCUCAGCAUUGUUAAUGUCUGCAAAGUAUUUUAUCACCUAAAAAUUAUCUUAAAAUGAUACUUUAUGUGUAGGAGAUUUUUGCAAGGUCUUGUUAGUAAUAAUUAUCUGUAUUGGACAUGUAAAUGCACGCAUGGAUUGAUAUAUUGCCCUGAGCAGUAGCUAGCUAGAACAUAAAAUUAGUUUGAGGGCAAAUUAGGCUGAAUUAUUUCAUUUGGGCUUUCUUUGUUACAGACUAAUUGGAACAUUGUCUGAAAUAAGAACAAAGGGGACUUUGACUAAUCCUUAACAAAGGUUAAUCAUUAAGAAAACAGAUCAAAGAUGUGGUACUGUAUGUCAAAAAAAACCCAAAAAAACAAGAUCACAUGCUCAUUGUUUUUUGUAUGCAUGAAAAAUUUUAAAUCAUCAAUUUAAAUGUGAAAUUGUGCCUUGCAUUUACCUUAUACUUUGCAUGCGUUAACAACACAUGAUAUUUAUACCGGAUCACAUCAGAAUGAGGUAAAUGAAGCAAAAAGGUAUAGAAAACUACAGGACAUGCUAAUGGAAUGAAUUAGCAAUUAGGAUUGUUUAUUUUACCUGUUAAAUUCAUUAGUGGGAAAAUAUGAGACCAUUUACGAUGGCAGUUGUUUCUUUAGCUUGUAACUUUAUUCCUUACAGAAUAUGCAACUAUUUUUUAGCAUCUUGAGGUGAAAUUAAACAAAAUCACAGCAAUGUGUCCAAGCUAUUUGUAACAAGUGCAGUUAACACACAAGCACCUUGGCCUUUUGAUUAUUUAAAAGUUAGCUUUCUGUUUUCCAUCAUGGCUUUUUUUUUUGAUAAUUCAAAUCCCUGAAAGGUCUGAGCAACCUUAUUGUAUUUUUUGUUGGGGUUCAUGUAGUCACUAGGAUUUGUUUUUCUUAUCUUAUACUUUAUAGUUGUGUGAGAAAAAUUCAGUUCUGUAAUAGAGGUCAUUUAUGACUUGUAAGAUGGGCUAUGAAUUUGCUUACCUGCACAAUCCCAGGUUAUACAGCCUGGAGCUGGAAGUCAUCAUUAAUUUAUGAAUAAACUUACAUCAAGUAGCUGCCAUCAAUCUUCUCCAAAAUAUAUUCCUUUGUCACGAUUUCAUUCCUAGUAAUUUCCACCAGUACAUGGAUGUACAGUGUAUAGGUCUGAGUGAACACUCUGUUGACACUCUGGUUUUACCUUGAACAAAUUAUCACCAUGUUUUCCAGCAAAAAUGCUAAUCAUCCACAUGGCAUUGUAAAUUUUUUAUAAUCUUUUUGUCUGGAAUUCUAUGGAAAAAGGGAAAAGUCCAUGGUAACUAGUUUUAUGUGGCCUAAUUGAGGUUUUGUGGUUUAUUCAACAAGAGUGCCAUGAUUAACAUCACAGUAAAAAAAAGAGAGUGUGUUUAAUUCACAAGAUUAAUAUUUGUAAAAAAAAUUUAACACAGAGUUAAAGGACAUUUUGGCUUAGCACAUGAAUUGAACAGCUUCCAAACUUUCGGUGAAAUGUUUAUUUUAAAUUCAUUUGUUUUUUUCCCUCUUAACUUUGUUCUAUCCUGUCAUGGUUUACCACUACUUUUAACUUUUGUGAUGUAAAACAAAGUUUAUUCUACAAAAAAUUGAGAUCUGUUAAUUUUCAAGUAAUGUCAAAUGGCAUUUGAUAUUUUAAGGUUUGUAGAAUGCCUUAUAGAAAGUAUAUAAUGCAAUUAUAGGCUUUGAACAUUUUUUUGUUGAUGUUUUAGUUUAGUUACAUUUCAUCAAGGGUGUUAAAUAGAAUGAAGCAUCCCCUAUUUUCAAAUACGUUUAUCAGCUAUUAUUUUGAAUAAAAUGUCAUGAAUCUGUUGUAUUUCUGAGUUUGUUGGAAAUUUUGUUUAGUAUUAUGCUGUAAUUGUGUAUGAAGUUUAAAAAUGUGUUAUCUUUUAAAGUAUAAAGUACUUUUUUAGAUACAUUUGGUUUGAUUUGGCUUUUUCUAUUUGCAGGAAAGUUCUCCAGGAAAGAGGUCUUUCUGACUCAAGGUACGACAGUUUGUCUGUGUAAUAAAAAAAUUUUGAUGUACAUUUACUGAGUAAUAUAUAGAUUUAGCCAAGCCUUAAAGGGGAGCUUGCAUUUUAUUUACAUCUUAAGGGCACAACACCUUGCCCUGGCCAGGACUAGAAGCCGGGUCGUCUGACUCAGAGCCCAGUGCACUGACCACUGGACUACUGGAAAAAGCUGUGGCAUUGGCGUGCUUGUGGUACAGUUAAACAUGCACGUUAAAAGUAGCACCUUGUGCAGUCGUAUGGUCGUACAUCCAAAUUUUUUCAGCUUGAUGGGUUACUACUAUUUUGUAUAAUUAUGGGGCUAUGCUCUGCAAGCUCUGCUAGUACUUAAAGGAAACAUUUAUUUCAUAGCCAGGGAUUUAUUAUAGAACAUGAUUUUAAUUGUAAAGCCUUGAUAGGGAAGUUGAUGGGUGAAAAAUUAUUGCUGCUAACCAGAAAGGUUAGACAGUGUUAUGUACGUUUUGUUAUGGAGUUGCAUGACUUCCAUGUGGCAAGUCACAUGUAUUUGAUAGAUUUUCCUUUCACAUUAUUUGUGUCUUUUCCUGCCCUUAAACUUAAACCCUUAAUUGUUAAUGGGUGAAAAAUAUUGAAUGUUUGUCUGUAAAGUAGGUAUUUUUGUGUUGAUGAGAAAUUGUGUAAUUCACUUUAAAAUGAAGUGGUAAAAACCAUAUGGACUAAAUUUUCCAUUGGUGAAACGUUUUCAUCAAAAGUGAGACCAAACUAAGAUAUUUAAUAUGGGACAAGCCUUUGUCUAAUUUACUUCCAAUGAGUGAAGUCAGUUCACAGUGUUUAAUGGAAUUCUCCUCAGGUUUCGUAGAUUUUCUUCUCAGUGGGUGACAAUAUUUUGGCAAUUUGUUUUUUUGACAUUCCAACAAAAGCACAGUAUCAUUGUUGUAGAUGUGAAAUACAAGCAAAUGAACUGACACUUCUGAUUAGUAGUUUAUAAAAAGGUGAACAUAAUUCUGUGUUCUUUUACAUGCUGCUUACCCCAGCUGAUUUUGUAGGAUUGCCAUCACAUAGAAGAUAAAUAAAUGAUUUGUAGUAUCAUGUGGUGUUGUAAACCCUAUGCUAAUCAGUGACUGGUGUUAGUACAAUCAGUUUUUAAUAAUUAAAAAUGUAGACCUCUUUUCAAUGCUUAUUUUGGCACAGGGAUGACCAAAACCCUCUCUAUGACAAAAGCAUGGAUCAUGGAAACUCUGCCACAGUAUCAGGACCACAUUCUAAUGCUCUCAUGAACAAGGACUGGGAAAAAGAUCUCAUGGAGGCUGGUAAUUACUUAUAUUUAUAAUUUUGCAAUUGGAAAAAAAUAUACCUUAACCCUUUAACUCCCAUGAGUGAUCAAGAUAGAAUUUCUCCUUACAAUAUCAAACAGACAAGUGAUGAGAGUAAAGACAAAUAUCAGUCAGGGGAUAAUAAGUUGAUCCAGUACAAAAUUCUCAGAACUAACAUUAUAAGAAUUAUAUGGCAGGAAGUAAAGAGCAUUACUUAUGAGUUCUUGGGAGUUGAAGGGUUGAGGGUGUAAAUGUAUUGUGUGUGAUAUUUCAGUAAUUCCUUAUUUCAAUCAUAAAUUUUCAUGAGGUCUCAUUUAUUUUAUUAGUCAACAAUAAGACAGUGAGCUUGAGAUUUCUACUUCAUGAUAACUGAUAAGGGCAAAGUGUAGCUUACUAGAUUGCACCAUUUAUGAUAGAACAUGAGCAGAUUUCUACUAAUUUACAGUAUACAAAAACAUCAAUGACAUCUCUUAAAAGCACUAAUAUGUCUUCUGCUUUUUCAGACCUUACCCCAGGACAAACAGUGAAAAAGGUUGUCACCAGGACAGAAAUGCGUACGGUACGAACACUGGAUGGAAAAGUAGUUGAAGAUACAUAUGAUCCAGGCAGCACACAAACCACUGUAGAGCGAUACACAUUUGACAACAGAGCUGUCAAUGGAAACGCGCCUAGAACAAUAACAAAACAGUAUGUGCCUGGGGAUGAGUACCGAUCAGGCAGGCGGGGCCCUGGAUCUCACUCUUCUGUGGAGGACUAUCGGACACCCUAUAGUCCAGGAAGCCAGAGUGGCUAUGCUUCAGGGGAAGGAAGAGGGACACCUACGCCUAGUAACCCAGGAAGUGUGUCGGAUGGUUACCAGACACCAACAGGUAAGAAAUUGUAAGACAAUUAAGACUAAUCUUGAUGCAAAUGUGUCAUAUUUAAUGUGAUUGUCACUUGAAACACACACUAGGUGUUACGUACUACAGUGUGCUGCAGUGUGAGACAGACAAUCACCCGCAAAACCUGACUGCCCAGUUCUUAAGUGAAAUGAUGUUUUCAUUAGGGUGCAGUUGUUUGAAGGGCAGAUAACUGUGGUGGCUGUCCAAUGAAUAACUUAUUAUUUGUGUACAAGUGUUAACAAAACAUACUGCGCUAUUCACUGGGGAGAGAUUAUCCAGUGGAUAGUGUUAUCCACUCUUUGAUUAACCAAGCCAAGGAGUUUAACAGAUCGUAAUAGCUUCUUCCAUCUGUUGUGUAAUGUAACAGCUGCUUUUUUAUGAUGCUGUAAUUAGGGGGGACUAAGAGCAUUCUUUCAGACAUUGCUUUGAUUAGAAAAUCAGUCAGUUGUUAUCUGGGAGGGGGUAGCCUGGGUGAGGUGUCUCUCUGAGACCAGCUACCAAGCCCACAAAAAAUUAUUGUUGAGAAUUCGAAGUUCCCUUUAUCUAACUUUCAAAAAACACUCAAUAACCAAACUUAUUAAGCCGAACAAUAAGAUGGCCAACCAUAUUUAAUAGUCAGUUGCUUAAGUGCAAUUUGUUCAGCUCGUAAAUCAUUAAUCUUUUUGAGUUCCAUAUUCUCAUAGUACAUACAUGUGCAGUGUUGUCAGUGAAACCAAAUAGUAGUAAAAUCUUGUUUUCCUCAAGGUUCACGACAUUCAUCUCAGUCCAGUUCAGUGGGACCUAAAGCUUAUGGCAUGACAAGUCAAUCAUUACCUCGCAGCACAUCUUCAACCCCCCGAGGGACUCCAUCCUCAUCAACAACCAUGCCACGAUCAUCAAGUGCCUCAGGAAGACAAAGCAGUAUGUAUAUGAAAUCACUUUUAUUAGUGUAUUUAACUCUUUAAACCCUGAGAAUGAUUAGCAUCUAACUUCAGAAAUACUGCUGAAUAAUUCAGUAAGAUCAUGAGAAUAUGGAUUUCCAACAUUUGAAGCUUUGAUUGUUAAACAAAUUCUCUUUGUGAAUACCAAGGGUAAUUUAUAAAGUAGAGUACGGAGAAAGUGGAUACUGAUGUUAGGGACUUUAACCCUUUACACCCUUACAUCAGUAUGCAUAUUCUCCAUACUGUUCUUUAUACAUUUCCUAAGGUACUGACAAGGAGAAAUUGUUUACUGAUCAAAAGCUUCUUUCAUUGCUGAUAAUUUCCUUUAUUCUCAUGACCUUAAUGUGUGAUUCAGGGUGAUAUUUUAGGGAGAAAUUAGAUGCUAGUCAGGAUAAGGGAUAAGGGAUAAGGUAUCUCCCAAGUGUACUGUGUGAUUCUACUCUUGAAUUGUUCUAUCAAAAUGUCUUCUUAUUGUUUCCAUUUGGAAAAGGAGAAUAUUGUACAAAGAUGGAUUUUUAUAGAUAUAAUUGAAGCAUUUUAAGUUAAUUUUUUCCUAAGAAAGUAUAUGUAUAUGUUUUUCAAACUUGCAGAAAAUGUUCUGAAGUUAAAUUUCAAAGUCCAUUACUCAUAGGUGUACUGAUUGUUGACAAGCUCACAUAAAUGUAGCCCAAUGUGGGUCUGAAAUAGGCACACAGUAUUUUUUCUUUUGUGUGCCAAGAUUCAGUUCUACAGCAUUACUGAAUUCUGUAGCAAAAUAAUUGUGCAGCGGAAAUGAACACUAUUCAAGACUUUUUUGCCGCUGACAAGAUGCUAAUAUAUUCAUAAUUCUAAGAGAGCAAAAUAAUUAAUUCAUCUUUCACUGUGUCUGUCAUGUGUUUCAAAACAACUAUCCAUUUCUCUCUCCUCAGAUAGGGUUUUUAAUUAAGUUAAAAGGCAAUUGGGAACAUUAGCAUAAAAACCUAAGGCUUCUUGUAGAUAGUGUGUUAGAUAAGAUGAUGAAUUAAGUGCCUGAGAGGUUGGAUAUCAUUGACCUCUAUUGCCUCUAUUGUGUUUUUUUAGAGCAGGUGUGUUUUUUGAAUUAAAGGUGUUUAUUUUUUGAUAUUGCCUGUGGCUUUUUUUGAAUAAUUGAUUGCAGUAGAAAUUUGUGUUGGAAUUUGAAUUUAAACUAAGAUGGAUUUGUGGAAUGCCCAGUCUCUCUUUAUGAGGUUUUUUCCUUUGAUUUCGCCUGAUGAUAAACCAAAAGGUAUUUCUGUAUCAAUUCCUUUGUUUUUAAAAAGGUGAAGUCAAGACUGAUGUGAGUUAGGUUUUUACUUAACAGUGAAAAUUGUCACCAAUGUGUGACAGUAAUUUUGAGCAUGCUGAUUGAUUUGUAUCAUUGUUUUUUUCUGUGAUGUAGCUUCUCUUUUGAAAAAUUCACAAUUUUGAGAAUGUUUUUCACUCUGUGAAGUAGUUUACAUUCAGUUAUGAACUAGAUGUGGUUUUACACUCUCAUGUUUGGUUUGGUUUUCUGUGUCACAGUAUACUUUUGCGAAAAUUAAUUCAUGGAAUUCACCGCUGUCUUCAAACUUAUUUCUGAAUUUAAUUUUCUUUUCCUUUUAUGUAUGUGUGAUUUUUGUUUUCUCAGCAUGCAUUUGGAAUAUUCUAAACUAGCAUGAAACAGAAUAUUUCUUCUAUAGGAAGAAACUGUUUUUUUGAUAGUAUUUUAUAUUAAUAGUAACUGCAUGAAGUUAUUUUUGGCACUGUUUAAAUUUGCUGUGUUUUUUAGUUACAGUAUAUGCUUGAAAAUGUGCCAUAAGCGUUAAUGGAUUUUUUUGCUAAUUGGAUUAUAGGGGUAGGUUAGCAGGUGCAAAAUGAAGUUCUUUGUUUAGAGCAAUGUGUAUUUAAACUUCAGCUAUUUAUCUUUCUGUUGAUGCAUACAGGGUUGAUGAAUUAGAAAGAGUCAAUUGUCAAGAUUACCAUAAAGGAUCAGCAAAUAUUCCAAUACACAGUUAUUAGGGCUAGUAUAGAGUGUCGAGUUCUUGAAGUAGCUAAUGGAAAUUUGCAAAUACAUUUUCAAGUUCUUGAAAGAGGAUGGAGUCUUAAGAUGACAGAAGAAAUUGAAAAAAAUAAUAAUUCUUUUGAUUUGAUGCUGCAAAGAAGUUCUUAAUUGAUGGUUGAGGUCUUAAUGAGGUAGCUGAAUUUACCAACUAACCUAUCUGCAUCCAGAAGCGACAGAAGGGCAUUUAUCUUUUCAGUAUCAACAUAAUUUUCAAGCAGAAAGCUGAUGAGAAGAAAGAUGAAUAUCAACCAAAGAGCCCCCUUCAACUUUGAGACAAAUUUGUUAUUUUUCUUGGGCCAUGCCAUUUUACCAGUAACUUUGAGUCUAAAUCAUGGAAAGAAAUGAUUUGUAAAAUAUGUUUUAUUUUUGCUACAAAAAAUGUGUACAGACCUGGGGUCAAUAAAAUACAGAUUGAAUGAAGUUCUCUCCUUGCAAAUUACUUGAGCUGGUCUGCCUGCAGCUAUAAAUGAAGUUAUAGUAAGGUUCACAAAGAAUUGCAGCCACUUCCAUUCACUCUCAAGGUAAUCAAUAAAUGUGUAUCAAUACACAUGGAAUUACAAACUGGUAUUCAGCCGUCUACGUCUGCUUAUAAAUCCAUAUAAGUCAUCUUGCUGCCAUUUAUUAACUUUCAAUUACAAGUUUUAAUUAGCCUCUUCUAUAGUCACAAACACUCUUUGGCAGAAGUAUGUGUAACAGGCUAUUGCAACCUCUUGAUCACUAACAAUUGAUGCUUGUUCACCAAUUAAAAAUUCCUUUGCUUUUUGUUAGCCACUUAUAACCUUAGUAUCAAAGUGGGUGAUGUCAAGGGAUCAGGGACAGAUGGCAAUGUUUACAUCCAGUUGUUUGGUGAGCGUGGGAAUACAGCGAAGAUCCAGCUGCGACAGGCAGGAGAUACAAGAAACAAGUUUGAGAAAGGAAGGACAUACAAGUUUACAGUGGAUACUGUUGAUAUUGGAAAGGUAAUGAGUCUCCCAUGUUUCCUCAGGGUUUGGGUGCUAGAGGUGAGGAUGUGAGAUCUUGCCAGAUGAUUGUGCUAAGGCUGGAAACUUAACUCUAAUAGUGUCUCUCUCUUCACACAUUAGUUUAAAUGAUUAGUGGAAAACUGUCAGGGAAGCCUGAUAAAACACUGGGAGGCAACCUCAGCAUGACAAAGUAGUCACCAAAAAUUUGUUCUAGCCAGCGCAGUGAGCAAAAAAGUUGCUGGUAGGAAAGCUGACACUAUGUUUCUGAUUAAACUGGCAGGUUGACAGAAUUAAGCUAAGCCAUGAUCACACUGGAUAUGGGUCAGGAUUCUUUGUGGAGGAGGUUGAAGUAGAGGUUCCUGCCCGACAGGAUAGAGUGAAGUUUCCUUGUCGCUGCUGGUUGGCUCAGGAUGUUGAUGAUGGGAAAAUUGAGAGGGAGAUGUUUGCAGUUACUCCUCUGCCUAGUAAGUGAGACAAUUGAAACGUUUUCGCCUGACUUUUGUUGGUUUUGCACGGCUCUUAUGCAAAAAAAUUUCAAGUUUAAUGGCAUUUUAAGAUUUAUUUUGUCCCCACAUGGGCAUUUGUAGUUGUAAGUGUAAUUUUUUGAGACAGGCAGUUAAUCUGACUCAUUAUUUUUGACAGAAAAGAAUUGCAGGAAGAGGCGCAGUGCCCACACUUCCUCCCCCAUCCCCCCCACCCCUUGCUCUACUAAAAUGUCUCAACCAAGCUAAAAUUCAUUGUUUGAAGCUAAAACUACCUUUAGAAAUAUUAGUUCAGGCCUUUUUUAUGGUAUAUUUAUUUCCUUUGUAGACAGUUUUCUUAACCCUUUAACUCCUAAGAUCUGAUUGUAAAUUCUCCUCUCUGGCUACCACACAUUUCCUUGUACAUUAGCUAUGAGAAUUUGGUGUUCCAUCAAGACUACAAAUUCAACCUGAUAAGUGUAUGGAUGUUGUAGGGAGAAGUUACUUUGUUAUCACUUGUGGAAGUUUUUAAGGUUGCCAUACAUGUAUUUCAUGAUGUUAUUCAAUGUGUGCUCAUAUUUUGGGUAACUGAAUUUUUAGACACGUCGUAUACAAUGUCAGUCAAACUUGGUGACGUUCUUAGCCCUGACACCAACCUUUAUGUCCAAUUGUUUGGCGAGAAGGGAGAAACAAGCAAGAUAAUGCUGCGGCCUGUUGGUUCAUCUCUCAACAAAUUCGAAAAAGGCAGAAUGUAUAAGUUUACUGUGGAGACCGUAAAUAUUGGAAAGGUGGGUUGUUUUAGUGACGUGUUGGGGAUGUCAGUCAUAAAGGCUAGUCUGCCGAUUGUGUAAACUGUGUCAUUGAAUUCAGGGUUCCAGAUAAACCUGGAAAAAUCCUGGGGAAAUUAAGAUUUUUCCUCAAGGGCCUUGGGAACGUAAGAAAUUAUCUCUUCUCGCUAUAAUCUUCACAAACUGCUAAAAUUUCUAAAAAAUAAUUCUCAUAUUGACAUUUAUGAAAUAACUGCUAUACUUCGAGCGCCCUGAUUCGUAAAAAAACCUGGGAGCCUAACCCUUCCACUCCUUAAAUUUUAUUGUCAAUUCUCCCCUCUUGAAGCCACGCAUUUUCUUGUAAAUGAGUUACGAGAAUUUGGUGUUAGAUCAGGAUAAAAAUUUCCACCUGAUGAGUUUAAGUGUUCUCAUUACAUGUUUACUGGAAAAUCUAUGAACAUCAUAAGGAGUAGUUGCAUUGAAUCACUUUUGGGAGUUACAUAUAAUUCUAUCAUCUUUCAGAUCGAGAAGCUGCGUAUUGGUCAUGACAGCAAAGGAGAAGGGAAGGGUAUAUUUGUGGAGGAGGUGGAAGUAGCGCCUGCAGAAGCUGACCGGGCCCUCUUCCCUUGUUACUGCUGGCUGUCAGAGGGGAAAGGAGACAGGAAGUUAGAAAAAGAUAUACUUCCGGGUCAGCCCAGACCUCCACGGCCGAGUAAGUUGUGCUAAGACAAACAUCCUUUUAUGAGCAGAGGAGCAAUCCUUGAGAGGUUGUCAGCACGAUCAGAAGAUGCAGUAACUGUUGUUCAUGUGGGAAAAAUGUCCUCUGAUUAAACUCUUGUGAAUGGGCAUUUCUUGUGGGCAAUUUCCAUGUCGCAGUUCAAGGGAUCGUUUUGCGAACGUUCUGGUAAAUCUAGGAGCAGGAUGUUAUAACAUAAAAUCCACAUCUAUUCACAUCAGCAAAAUACGUUUUGUUAAACUGGUUUCUGCUGAAUAAAAAUCAUAAACAGAGAACUGAAAAACUUAAUUUUCCAUAGGAUUCAAGUACUUGCUAACUUGCAUUUUCAAUGUGCUACAUUUUAAGUCCAAAGAUAUAAGCCCAAGUUGUUUCUACGUAAAAAAAAAAAAUAAACUGUGUUUGACAAAACAACUUUAAUACAUGUUUAAGCUUUGGUGUGAAUGGGAUAUAAGAAAUCGAGAUGAAGGCCGUAGCUUAUGCAUCAGUUCCCUCAAUCUGUGAUGAUCUUUCUAUAGAUACGUCGUAUCACUUAGCAGUAAAAACAGGGGAGAUGGCGAUGGCUGGUACGGACGCCAACGUGUAUUUCCAACUAAUCGGUGAUGAAGGGGAAACAGAGAAGAUUCAGCUGCGCCAAGGAGGAAAAGCAGAAAAACGAUUUGAGAAAGGACGAGUAGACAAGUUCAUAGUGGAGACUGUGGAUGUGGGAAAGGUGCAGUUCAUAUUUAGUCCUUCAUGCUUUAACUCCUUUAAGCGAUCAAUAAGUGAUUUCUCCUUAUAGUCUCAAUACACUUUCAAGCAGACAGGUUAGGAGAAGACAGGCAAUUUUAAAGCACGGGUUUAUUGGGUGAUUGAACAUCCAAUUUCUUUGAAUUGGAAUAAAAAGAAAUGUAUACAAGAGUCGAGAAUAUUGUUAAGAUUUUCGGAGUAAAAGGAUAAACCUCUUCUCAUAUUUGUUGGCUUGUUCUGAGAAUGUGAUGUUGUAUCCAAAACAUAUCCAAUCGUAUAAUAAUAAUAAUAAUAAUAAUAAUAAUAAUAACUUUAUUUAAGUGUCAGUGUAUUUUGUUGGUAAAUAAGGAAACAAAUAUCGUUUAAAAACCCCAACUGGUAGGAGGCAGACCAGUUGGCUAUUUAAAAAGCGUGCAGGAGUUGAAUUCGGGGCCACCGAAGACAAAUCCAUCCAGUGGCAGGGAAGAGGACUUGAACCCGGGACCUCCGGCCUACAAGUGCAGCGCCCUAACCACUAGGCCACGCUCGCCUCCUUUUAAAUCGUGGAUGGUUUUUCUUAAUUCUCCCCAACGUUGUUUAUUUCCCUUGCUGUUUAUGCCAUUUUAAUCUGAAUCUGGGAAGGCCAAUUGAAGAAGAUCUUUAAAACAAGCAAAAAUCAGCUCAUAAACGUCACAGAAGACAUUAGCAAAUAGAGACCCCUUAUUUUAUGAGGAGCUGAAAGGAAAUAGCGCGUCCAGUACUGAUGUAUUUUAUGUUGUUUGUGUUUAUAACAGGUUCAAAAGCUGCGUAUAGGACAUGACAACAAUGGCACUGCUCCUGGCUGGUUUCUGGAAGAGGUUGCCGUGGAUGUCCCAGCCCAUACUGAGCAUUUCAUCUUCCCAUGUCAUCGAUGGCUCGCUAAGAACGAAGAUGAUGGCAAAAUAGAGAGAGAUUUAGUUCCAGGUCGUGUAACAUUUCCAUCGGUCUCAGUUUUGUAGUUGUUUCACCGUAGGUACAUUGCGUGCCUCCCUUUUCAGAGUUCACUAGACGCUGGCUUAUUUUCUUUGCCGUUUUCUUUGACUCACGCGCGGAUUAGCGAGUGAGGGAGUGGUCUUUAACAAUAUUAACAAAACUACGCUUUACGGAAGGCGUGAUUUUAUUGCAUGGAAUUUUUUUUUAAUUCUAAAAUGUAACUCAUCAGCCAGCGAUCAAAAUAUUGGGAAUAUCAUGUAAAUUUGUCGCCAACCUUUCUUCACGGGCAUGCAAGAACCAUUAAAAUUCCCAUCCUUCUUCACAUCCAGCAAGUGACUUCAUAGCUCAGAUGGUUUUCUCGUUCGACCGUUAUUUGAAAGACAUGGGUUCGAGUUUACUUGUGAGGAUCCAUGCGUCACGCAUGUUAGAUUUGACUGACAAACAACACCUUACUUUAUUACUUUACUACUUUAUAUUGCGCAAACGCAUCACAUAUUUAGGUUCCUCACCUAGCAUUAUAUAGGAAGUUUGUCACCAUGGACGUAGUUAAACAGCCAAGCCUGCCACGAGUCUCCUAUAGCUCAGUGAUAAAGCAUCCGAAGGAUUAAUUAGAAGGUCGUAGGUUCGGCCAUAUAGGGGGCACUGGGAAUCUUUUUUUUCCGAUUGUACUUGUGUCAUGCACUGAAUAACUUAGUCUUAUAACGCUUUACUCGACUAUAAAGAUGACUUCCUCUUGGGUUGUCGAAAUGUCAGUCAUUACUGACAAGAAUAUUCCUUCUCAGAACCACCGUCACUCGGCCGAUCAGACGUCUUGAUCAAAUGUUCAAUUCUCUUACCUCUGUAGGAGUUUCUAUUCCAUCUGGCACAGCCUCGCCCAGCAAGACAACCAUCACUACAACCAUUGAAAGAACCACAACAAGUGAGAAUUACAAACUACCUCCCCCUGUGGCCAAGAAACCGCUCAUGGACGACCCACGGUACGGUUCACCUACAAAGAAGGUUAUCACGGAUGAACUCAGAUACACUACAGUACCACCCCCACAGAAAACAGUCAUGGAGGAGGUGCGUUACUCCACCACCCCCACAAAAAGGACAGUGAUUGAAGAGGAGUACAGGUGAGAGAAAGACUCUAGCGUAACCAGCCCAUUCUUAAUUUUUGGAUUCGAAGGUCAGUGCAGUGUUUCACUGAAUGUUGGAAGUAAACUGAGAUUGCGUUGGGUUUGCUCUAUACCUCGCUCAGUGAUUGUGCUAGAAAUUCUCGCCAUCAAAUGGCGACUUAAUCGUUCGCUUUUGUACGCGCUUGUGUUAUUAUUCAUUCUGGGUAAUAUUUACCUUGUUUCAUUUUGGCCUUUGGUCUGAUUUUACCCCUCUGGAUAGAAAUGCGCCUUAGUUGGUAGAACCAGUGCAAAUGCUGUCGAAGGCUUGUCUUUUUCGGGCCUUUUUCAAUGUACUGAAUUAAAACAGUGUCUACUAUGUACUCUUUGUCGCUGAUUUUUUGUUUGUCAUUUUUAUUUCAGGUACACUACUCCUAGAAAGGAUACGGCCCCUCUACCUCCCCAGAGAAAAAUUAUCGAAGAAAGAAUGGUUACCAGAGAGAUGACAACACCGCCCGUGCAAGGAGCCCCACCCACCGGGCCGCGGGAACAAAAACAGCGCAUUACACAUGAGGAGCUGACUGUAGAAGAGAUGCGUAAACAGGGGGGAGCCCCUGUGCCUUACUCCGCCCCUCCCCCCAUGAAUGAAUAUCGUUACGAGGAAGAAAUGUUGCCUCCUCCAGAUGAGUAUCAUUUUGAAGAAAAGAGAACAGAGAUGGUGUCUGUCCCACCGGACUCAAUGGAUAGCAGGAAAAGUGAGUAAAUGAUAAUCAAAACGUACUGAGUGUGGCUUCUUUGGUUCACGGAGUAGGAUUUUCCUCUGCCAUAUGAUCUUAAACACGGAGGCGCGCUCCGCCCCUUGGUUUUAGCUUAAAUGCAAAUUAGGCCGCGGUAAUAUUACGCGAUGGCGUAGCGAAUCAUUUCGAAUUUCAAAUUUACCGCCAUUAGUGAAGACGGUUUCUAUUGGCAAAAGAAGAUACAAAUCUCAACAAAUUCUUCCAUUGUGAUGGAAAGGAAGAAACUUAUGAGAGCUUUUGAGAAAUCCGCCUGCUCUUCACUUGCUUAGGAUCGGCUGCAGCUCAAGCUGUUUUGGAGUUCUGUAUGCCACAACGUUAUUGACAAAUCAUCCAGAGGUGCCCGUGGCACCUUUGCUUUUUUAGGGCGCCUUCGUGUUCUAGUGUUGUAAAAAGUGGCGACAGCAGAGAGAUAGAGAGCCACAGUUAAGCGAACGGCAAACGACAAGAAUUGGAUUUUAUCCUCUACUUUUCGGCCGUUUGUGCAGUAACGUUGCGUUGUUUUGAGUUGAAAACACUUUUUUGGAUCUCUUCAGUGGAAAGUAGAAAAAUGGGUGAAAGCGCAGUUGAUCGGUGAUUAUAUUUUAAAGUCUUCAAAUUUUUGGACAAUGUGUGUCAACGGACAAAACUUAAGUUUUGGAUCUAAUUGGUUCUUAGAUCGCGCCUUUUUCUCAAAUUACAGGCAACCUAAGCCAAGCGCGGGAACACGCACGUGGGCCAGUCAUGAUAAGUUUAGAGUUUGCGUUUGAUUGGCUGAGUAGGGGGCUUGAAGUAUUCGACCGACCACAACGCGCAAGAAGUAUUUGCAAGAAUUGCGGGUUCUUUUUGGCUGAAAAGUACCCAAACCAUAAAGUUUUGUUGUGUUUUGUUGCAGUCGUCGCGUACCAGCUUUGUCUUAAAAUGGGUGAGGUUCUUGGAGAUGGAACAGAAGGAAAUGUAUUUAUCCAACUGUUUGGCGACAAAGGCAUGACAGAACAGAUACAGCUGCGCCAAGCUGGGAACUCCAAAAUACGCUUUGAGAAGGGAAGAACCUACAAAUUCACCGUCGAGACAAUCGACAUUGGAAAAGUAAGAUUUGUUCGGAAUGUUUUCUCUUAAAUUUUUCCAUGACAUUCCUCUGUCAGUUGUGUGCAAUGUGCUGAAUUGCAACACCUAUCUGUCUGCUUUUUGUACCUUAGUCCUUCUCCUAGUGUUUUGCACAUUGCUGUCACAGAGUCUCACUCCCAAAAGGGGAAGAGAGGGGUCCUUUUAAUACAAGAGUCAAGUGGUAGCGGGCAUUCAUGGCUCUCAGUACUGUCUGCCAUACAUUUUUUAUUGUGUUAGUUCUGAGAGUUGGGUGUUAGGUGUGUUUUUUUAAUCCCUUCUUUGAUUUUUUUCUUUAUUCUCGUCUCCUGUGUGUUUGUCAUUGUAUUGAAAUUGUAAGGAAAAAUUACCUCUUAUUUCAUAUUUCCCUCUUCUGCCGCUGGAUAGAUUUAUUUGCUGUUAAUCCUGAGAUGAAUCUCCUUGGAUGCGCCUUGUGAAUACCUAACUUGGAAAUUUUUUUUAUCUUGCCGUUGUCUUAACGUGCAUUCUCUCUCUGUUGUAGAUUGAAAAAAUCAGCGUGAGCCACGACAGCCAAAUGCCCACUGCUGGUUGGUACUUGGAAGAGGUUACAGUUGAUGUGCCAUCACGUGGGGACCACACCGUGUUCCCUUCGCACUGUUGGUUAGCUCCAAGUCAAGGAGAUGGAAAAAUUGUCAGAGAUUUUGCAUCGAGGCCUUGUAAGUAUGACUAAUUUGAUUAUGAAAUGUUCUAAACAUUUGUCAGCAACAUGGGACAUAGGUAAAAGCUGAGUCAAAAGUAAGGAAUCAGACGUCAGAGCUUCGGAUUUCGCGGUUUGAUUCUUUUCCAACUGAGUGAAAGAGAACUUUCUGGCGAGCCAAACCAUCCAUUAUGUUCCUAUAUGACAAGCAUCUUACGCAAUUCUAGGAUCAGUUACUUCAAAUGCGUCCUAUACAGAGAUACACUGUAGAGUGAGUUAGAGUUAGGAAGAUAGUAAAUUUCAGCUUGUCGGCCAAUAAAAAACCUUCCUCUCUUCAUGACUAAGAAAAAAAAAUUGUAAUUUUUCUGAACUCAGGCAAGUCUUGUGCGGUUGUCGUGUUUACGGGCGUAGCAUUUUAUUCUCUGAGUGUCUACGUCUACCAACGAGUAGCAAAAGAACUUCAACAUACGGAAUUGUCCAGUCUUUUAGGAUUAGCAAUAUAAUAUUCCUUUGUUCUUUUUGCCACGAAAACGAGAUGAACAACGGUCCUCCAAGGCACCACUAGGCGUCUAACGUUAUUUUACUUAUUUUCAUUCAAGGCCUCUACCACUUGGCUAUCAAGACAGGCGACGAGAAGAGUGCAGGUACAGAUGCGAGUGUCUGGGUGCAGGUGUAUGGUGAUAAAGGAGACACGGGACAUGUAGAGCUAAAGAAAUCAGGAACGAUGGAUAACCUGUUUGAACGAGGACAGACUGAUUAUUUCACUUUGGAAGCUGGUGAUGUUGGCAAGGUAUAUGCUACGAAAUAAAAAACAUAAAAACAUUGUAAAAAAAACCCCGAAAAACAAAAACAGCACUAUUUACGUAAACAACAUGGUUAGAUCGGAAAGUGUUGAAGGAACCGGUCAUUAUUUAUUGCUCUGUUGGCGACGACUGCUCCUCCUCCGUUCCGUUCCUCAUGAAAACCAUGUGAUCCACCCCAAAAUGGUCUGCCCUCCCUCCCCCUCUACCCCCUUUAGGCAAUAAAUAAUGAUAGCUCCACUACUCUGCUGGUGUUUUUUACGACUGACUGGAAUUAGUAGUGGCAAUUUAGCUGUGCUUGAAACAACGGAAAAUUGAAUAUGUAAUAGUUAUUAGUGUUUGAAGUUUACUUACCAACCGCGAGUACAACUCACUGUUUAGAUCGAGAAACUUCGUGUUGGCCAUGAUGGCCGUGGUCCCUUAUCAGACUGGUACGUGGAGGAGGUGAUUCUAAACAGUGCUGUCAGGGGGGAGCACUUGAUCUUCCCUUGCCAUGCCUGGGUAGCAGAGGAGCAGAGCGUGGGAUAUGCAGACAAAGAGCUUUAUCCUAAACAGCCAGGUAAGAUGUUGUGUUUUCUCGUCAGCCUUCACGUCACGUGGCACGCUUUCCUACCUUGAGAAAACGACGGCUGCAAAGUAGAAUAUGAGUCGUGGUCAUAACUCGGUAAUAGAAUAUGAAAGUUGGAGCGGGGCUCAGUUCAUUAAGUUUUCACGGAGCAGACCAACUAGAGAAAGUCUAGUCCAGCAACUUUUUCCUUAAAAACUGUUUUUAAGAGGUUCUUAUUUCUUAAGCUUACAGCGCAUAGUUUUUCUGCGACAAGAGCAUUGUCGCUGAAAACUUGCAUGUCCGAAUGCGGUUUAAUGCCAAUAACAUCAUGCGAAUUGUAUCCAUUCUCUUCCACACAGAUUUGUCUAAAAAUUCACCACAUACUUUACUUAACCCUUUAACACCUAAGAGUGACUGUCAUCGAAUUUCUCCCACAGCAUCAUCUCUCAAUCAAUUAGUUAGGAGAAUAAGGAAACGAUCGCUUUUCUGAAGAAACUUUUGAUUGUUUGACAAAAUCUCCUCAUUAAUAUCACAGGAAAAGUGUUAAGAAAAGUGUGGAGAAUAUAUAUUUACUGAUGUUGGGGUGUAAAAGGUUUAGGGUGCCCUUCGACUGAGUAGGGACCUUAAGCAAACCACGACGGCGACGGCAACGAGGACAUGGAAAAACAAUAGAUUUAAUUAACAGAACAAUAGCUCAGCACGUGCGUUUGAAAAUUUUGUACAUUUCUUAGCCGUCCCAUGCAAAACAACAACGUGAAAUCACCACAAAUUGCGUCGUCUGCAAACCGAAACCGCGACGGCAAAUUGUUUUAAUUUUCAUUUGGAACUCAACGCUUCUUUUAUACGUUAUGCUGAAGUUGAGGUGUGGCGCCGUAUGAGACGGUGAACACAUUCAGCCAUUUUGAAAUUCUAAUUAACGGCAGAAAUUCAUUUUUUAAUUGAAGUCUUCACUGGCGUUGCCGUCCUGACUGAGGAAAAAAAACUGCAAAGAGCCAAUGAGAAACGGAGUGAAAACAAGCAAAUUCAAGUUUUGCUUCUGUUUGGUGAAGGAGAUGUUGCGUGUUUUUUGGACCAGUCACUGAGAUUUGGGAGCGAAAAGCAACGUAAUCUUAUAUUACAUUUAACAUUUGAUUGAACACUGUGUUGAUUCCCAUUUUCUAUUUCAUCCGCAGUUUCUGACUACCAAGUGAGAAUAAAGACAGGGAAUUUGAAGAACGCUGGCACAGACUCAAAUAUCUACCUGCAGGUGUUUGGUGAUAAAGGAGACACCGGGGUCAUUGAACUGAAACAAAUUUGCGACACUAAAGAUAAGUUCCAACGUGGAAUGAACACCAAGAUCAACUUGCAAACUGUAGACGUGGGCAAUGUAAGUUUGAAUAUGUUUCUUGUGGUGCAUCAACUUGCAGUUUCUCGUUGUUUUUGAUGGGAAGUCUGCAGGUUUCACAAAGUCGGACACGAUUCAGGAAUUUAUGAAAAAUGUGAGAAUUGCAAAACUUGUCUGCAGCCCCUUCGAAGCUUGAGCCUUUUUUAUGCAAAGACGAAAAUGGUCACGUUGCUAAAGGCAAAUAUGUACUUCUACAAGUCCUCAUUUUCAAAUUCUGGCUAAUUGUCAAUCCUUUCAUAGGAAGUAUGAAUGAAAACAUAACUUUGAAGUCAAACGCACCCACUCGUUUUAUAGCAGAAUCUUCUGUUUGUCUCUGAUUGGUUGAGCUGUAGCGAUUUUUUUCCAACCAAUCACGGUGUAUGAGGAAUUUAACAAUAAAGUCCUAGUUCACUUUCGACACACAAUUGAAGGAGGUCCUGGUGACAAGUUUUCUCAUGCCUUUUGCUUCUCGUUCUCUUUCUCAUCGUGCAGCUGGAGAAGAUCCGGAUCGGCCACGAUGGGCGCGGUCUGGGCACUGGAUGGUAUUUGGAGGAAGUGGUGAUUAUAAUUCACGACGAGUGUUGGAUCUUUCCUUGCAACCGCUGGCUAGCGGAUUAUGAAGACGAUGGUAAAACCGAGAGGGAUCUGUAUGCAGGUGAGAGAGAAAUGGUGGGCGCGCAAAUUGUUCUAGAAAGGGGGAAGACAAGUUUAUUAGAACUCUGCAGGCUGAAUUUGAAUUAGUGGUUUUCUUCUGGACUGCUGCCCUGUUAACUGUGCUAAAAAGCUUAGAUAUCUUUAUUAGAAACCCACGAUGCCUUUUUCUCCCACAAUAGAGAAGCCGAACCACCCAACAAGAUGUGACUAGACUUCAUGCACAUAAGCACCCAGACUCAUAGAUGUGUGUGAGAACGUUUUCCGCUUUUUUCGUUUCUCGACCAGCGGGAAACAACAGUUAAAUUUAGAUAUGAUCUGAACUACAACGCUUCCUUGCAAGAACUACUGACCACACUAUCAGUUUAAUUUUUUGUGUAGGAGUGAGAGGGUUCUUAGGGGUCUGUUAGAACGACUUCGGUACUUCUUUAUCAUAAGAUUUUGCUAUUUCAGCCUCAAUUAUCAGGUUGAAAAAAUACUUUCUCUAAUAAACAAGGCUGUGUUUUCGUUACGGAGGUGACUUCUCUAUGUACAGAUUUAACGCAAAUGUUUUCCAUCAUUUUCAGAGAGAAAGACCUAUGCACACGAACCUGAUCUACAGGAUUUGAUUGAAUACCUACAGACAGAUGAUGUCACGCUUAUCGUGAAUGCUGCUAAUUAUCUGCAGCAUCUCUCGUACAGCGAUGAACAGGUCAAGAUAAAAGUUCGGUAAGCUGGACAAACAUUCCCUUUUUUAUCUGUCGUAUAGGAGAGUGUAUACUCAGACUACAUUAAUGGCAGCUUCCCUCACGAGCGCAUGGUCGGCAGAAGUUUUAAGUUUGAUGCUUUGUGGAAUAAAUCUCUCUUGAACAACUUAAUGUUUUGUGCGAAAGCGAAGCACGAAGCGGUACGGAUGUUACAACAUGGAAUAAAUCUCUCUUUCUCUCUCCCUAUUUUGUUACUGUUAUUUCCUCCUUUCCUUUUUUCUUGGUAUGUUUUUAUUUUGAUCCCUCCCUGUCAUCUCGUUCUUCGUGAAAAUCGAUCCAACUUCGCUCUCUCCACACAGUAACAUUUGUUGCUGCUCUCAAAAGUGGUUUGCUAAGAAAUUACCUUAACUCAAAGUUACUUAUUUGGUGUUUUUAGAUGUGAAAUGGGUUCCUAAUUUUUAAUUUGAAUGAACAGAAACUGUAUUAUUGUGAACGUUAACUGUUAUCUUAACCACAGAGAGCUCGGCGGAAUUCCAAUAUUGGUUCGUUUACUUGAUCACGACUCAGACGAGGUGCACCGCUCAGCUGCGGCGUGUUUGAGGAAUUUGUCGUACAGCAAGGCGAGGGACGAGAAUAAGGUAAACUGUGUUCGAAAAAUAAUAUUUUUCGUUUGACGCCUCAAUAUGCUCGGUUUUUUGUCUGCGGACUUCAUCUGUACUUGGCAAUAUCGCUUUGAAGCAGUUAGAUUGUUUGUUAAUCUAAAAUAGUUUCGUUAUCGCGGUUCAUGACGUUUGCAAACAACUUGCUGUCGACAACGUUGACUGCUUUUUAUGUUGAUCUUUAGUCGUUCUCUCUUACGAAUUUAUCAACAGGAAGGUUAAGUUCAGUCUUCUUCUGUGACAAUAGCACGUUCCUAUGUUGAAUUGAAUUCAAGUUUUAGACUUUCAUCUUAUCAAACGUAAAUAGACAUCACCUGGAAAAUAUCACUCGUUUGUUUUCCAGCUUUAACCGGAGCGUGAACAGUCAUGUGAGGUGUUCAGUUGCUCAUAAGAGAAAUUCUUUUUUGGAUUGUUAUAUAAGUGAUGUAUCUAUAAAUAAUUGCCCCAGGAUUGGGGGAAAGGGGGGCAGGUUACCCACAGAAAAAUGGCUGAGAGGGUUCCCCUCGGGUAAGGAUUUUGACAUUGACGCACUGCCUUGGAGUCGGGAAUGUUACUUUGUCGGCAUCAUGGAAGAUCGCGUGAAACAGCAUCUUUGGUCACCAAGGAUGGAAUUUUGACACAUAGUGGAUACUCAAGGGUGGAAUAAUUGACUUUUGGACACCUGAAAAUGUUAAAUUAACCUUGGGAUCGCCCCUCCCCCAUUCCCAAAUCCUAGGGCUAACCAUUGAUGGGUGCAUUAGGAUUCGUUUCCGAGAUAUGUAAAUCAACUCGCUUUUCUUCUCAAACAGUUGGCAAUUGCCGAAUGUUAUGGCAUUGAGGCUUUGAUACGACUGUUGAAAAGAACAAGAAGAGACGAGGUAAGAAAAAGAGAAAUAAACGAAAUCUAAAGUACAGUUAUGACGAGGUGGCCUGGUGUUGAGCGCGCUUUACUCCGGGAUCGAGAGGCCUGGGUCCCAGUCCGGGCCAGACCAGGUCAUUGUUCUGAGUUCAUGGGCAAGACAAUUUACUCGCUCAAGAGUGUAAAUGGCAAGGAAAAGGGUGCAGUUGCCAAAUCUGCAACACACUUACAUCCUCUCUGAGUUGAGUAUCUAUACUCCUGCAGGGCCGCGUUGCUCAAAGCACGACAACAGUUUUUGAUUAGUUUUGUAGCAUUGCAGACAGUUUUAUUGCUUAUAUUCAGUUUUCCUUCAGUUUCGUCUCGUGAUAAGGUAAAACCCCUCAAAACGUAAUCCCUGAUUUACGCUUUAUUUUAAGAGAGAUCAAGGUGAAGUUUGAUUAAACUUUUAAUCCUGUAUUAUCUUACAACCUGUCGCUUUAUUGAACAGAGGGUUUGGUAAUCCUCGGUAGUAAAAGGGCCACUUGCUUUGUGAGGUUUAAUCUCAAAUUGCAAUAGUUAACUGCGCAGACUGUGAUUUCAUUUUUAGCUUCGUAUCUGUCAGCUAUACAUAUGAAAUAUUUUGGGUGAUACAGCUCGAUCGUGUCUUAUCUAUCAGUUUCUGGCAGCAGUGAUAUAUUCCAGUCAAGUAAAUUAAUGGUUUUUCAUGUCGCUUCCUUUUUUUUCGUUCCCAGGUUAAGGAAGUAGUUUUGGGUGUUUUGUGGAAUCUGUCGUCCUGCGAGGUGAGAACUUUACCUUUUCCUUGAAUAUAGUCUGUUAUUGAGAAGGUUAAGCUUGCCUAAGACUUGACAUUGAAUGCCAGAAUGUCUGAAAAUCUUCAACUCUACUUUUAAAUACGGUUUAGUUCUGGAAUUUCGUUAGUUUGUUCACAAGGAUAAUGCGACUUGUUUCUGUUUGCAUUCGCAAAGUCGAGUCGUGUUCUGAGAACAUAAAAAUGCUCUGAACGCCGAAAACAGCGUGGACGGCUUGAUGAGAUAAUGGUGAGAGAUGGAAAUGGAGAUUCCAAUCUCGCUGUUGAAAAUAUUUAUUUUAAAACUCAAAGACUAUUAAAUUAAAUCAAAUUGAUCUAACCGUUUGUCUUCUACCGCUCUUCCGUUGUACAGUUGUUCGUUACUGAAUUUCCCUUAUUUAAAGUAGCGGAGCUCGCAGAGCGUAGCCCCAUAAUUAUACUAAAUAGUAUUAACCCAUCAAGCUGAAAAAAUUUGGACUUACGACCGUACGACCGUACAAGGUGCUACUUUUAACAUGCGUGGUCAACUGUACCGCGGGCGCGCCAAAGCCACGGCUUUGUCCAGUAGUCCAGUGGUCAGAGCACUGGGCUCCGAGUUGGACGACCCGGGUUCUAGUCCUGGCCGGGGUAAGGCGUUGUGCCCUUGAGACGUGCGGGAAAAAAAAAUUCGAGUUCUGCUUUUAGGCUUGGCUAAAUCUAUGUAUUAUUUAGUUUCUGUAGCUUCUUCACAUAUUUAAUAAUGAAUUAAGUUGAACCCAGGCCGUUGAUUGAACCGCUUCUGCUAACUGCAGGUCAAUUUAUUCACAAAUUUUGUCAUGAAAUGAGUAAGUGUGAAAAUAACUGAAUCUGUACACAAUUUUAUUGUUUCUUUAUUCCUGACAGGAUCUGAAACUUCGAAUCUUAGAAAUCUGUCUCAUUGUUAUGGUUACCAUCAUCAUCAUCCCUUACUCUGGCUGGAGCAGAGCUGCCGCCAACAAUUCGAUGCCACUUCCGUCCAUAAAAUGGUCCACAGUGUUCCGUAACGCCAGCGGUGUGCUGAGGAACGUGUCUUCGGCUGGACCUGAGGCGCGGCGCGUGAUGAGGGACUGUGAUGGACUCGUGGAUUCCUUUGUCUGGAUCAUCAGGGCACCACUUGGCAAAAAUGAUAUUGAUAAUAAGGUACGGUAACGAUCAACAUCCACUUUCUCUAUACCGGCUUGGUGCGUUACCUUCACGAUUUCUUAUGAGAGAACGAGAAAUCAUCAGCUACCGUUUUUAUACGAUUUAGUGCGUUGGGUGCGUCAUAAAUUUUUGGGCCUUGAGAGUGGGCGCUCAUUCGAAGCGGCUAUCUAUUCGAGGCUAAGCGCUUAUUAAAUAUUCACCAUUUUUAGCGAGUAAUGACUCUUUUUUGCCACACAACGAUAAAUAAUAACAAAGCGUGAAGAUGUACCAUAGACAGUGAAUUAGAUAUUUUAAUACUCCUCUUGUACACUUCGGUUUUUUUUCUUUUUUCGUGGGGUGGUGGGUUUUAACGUUUCCUAACUAGAAGGUGGGCUCUUAAUCGAAUUUAUAUGGUACUGAGAAUAGGUUGUGUCUGUUUUCGCACCGAGACGUAGCCCCGUUUUAGAGCGUGUCAGUAUAAUUUGUGUAAUUUUUGUCUAACAGUCUGUUGAAAAUUCCGUCUGUAUUCUGCGCAACUUGUCCUACCGACUGGAAAAUGAGGUGGACAGAGAAAGAUACAAGGACGCCCCAAUACCCAUCCAACCUGGCAAGGAAUCAAGCAAACAUGACCCGGGUUGUAUGGCGGGAUGCGGGACGGGAUCAAAGAAGAAAAAGAAAGGAGCGCUCAAAGAACCUGAAGAGCCACAGAUAAGGAGAGAUCCCGUGGAGGGUGUGGAGUUACUAUGGCAACCAGAAAUAGUCAAGUCGUACCUGUUAAUUAUGGCGGAGGCGGCCAAUCCUGAGACACUAGAAGCGUCUGCUGGAGCUAUUCACAAUCUUACAGCAUGUGGCUGGAGGGUAUGUCUUGCAAGUGUAAAUGUAGUGAUAAGUUAAGGGUGAAGAUGCGGUGGAAUCACUGUGUUGUGUGUGCUUGGGUAAAACACUCUCCUUCCACUCUGAACGGUGGGCCACUCACUUAUAUUUAAUGCACCGUAAUUUGAUUGGGAUAUCCCGUUGCGAGCUUUGGCAUAAUCAUCGUUUGUACUCAUGGGCAAGACACCAUUUUACCCUCACUCUGCAUCUUUCCAGUCAGGAUUAUAAAUGAGUGCCAGGGAAAGCUUUUGAAUCCUAAGUGGUCACCAGUGAUGAACAAUCGUCCCAUCAAGAGGGUUGCGGUAAUAAUCCAAAUCUCUCUAUGCGACGGAAACUAAGAGAAGCUCCGGGGAACGAGAAACAGACUUUCCAUCGUUACUUUUACCCUUCACACCAUAACAGUAAUAUGCAUAUUCUCCAUACUGUUCUUUAUACAUUUCCUUAUGUGCUGGUAAGGAGAAUGUGUUUAAUAAUCAAGAGUUUCUUUAGUUGAUGAUAAUUUCCGUUAUUCUCAUGACCCUAAUGUGAAAUUCAGGAUUGAUGUUAUGUGGUGAAAUCAGAUGUUAGUCGCUCUUAGAGGUCUAAGAGAUAAAAGUGGUUUUCUUCAUCUGCUGAAUAAAGGGUGACUUAGAAUUUCUUUUGGGAUUUUUUGCGAACGAAGAGAAAGGGAGAUUAGUAAUUUAAUGUAGUUUUUGUUUCCUACAAAUUAAUUUUUCAGUGGGCUAUGAUUGUCCGAUCAGCAGUACGGAAAGAGAAGGGUCUUCCCAUUCUAGUGGAACUCCUACGAAUAAAUCAUGAUCCUGUGGUGAGAGCUGUUUCAACAGCGAUGAGAAAUCUAGCAAUCGACCCGAGGAACAAGGAUGUUUUAGGUGUGUAUCUUGACCUUUUCUCAUUUUUUAGAGUUUAGCGCCGUUUUAUUAGAGAAAGCACUAAUUGCAAGUGAUCACCGAGGUUAACAAGGACAUGGGGACAUAUUCGGAAGUAACCGUUUGGGAAACCUCUGUUAGUUAAUGCCAGACGCAGCGGAGUAUUUUCGAUUUUGCAGUUGGGACUGUUUUUGUUCAUGCUUUUAUUUCUCUUCUCGUUCACAGCUAAAUACGGAAUUAAAGAUCUGGUUCAUCGCCUUCCUGAUCAUCGCACCUCUUUAAAUGUCAAAGCUGAAGAGAAUACAAUUGGUGCUAUACUGUGCGCGAUUCAUCAACUCGUGAAUAAGAGUCUAGUAAAUGGAAGGUAAUGCUAUUAAUACCAGGUUUAUCCACGAUACAAUGCACUUCCUUACUGUUCUUGGCAUUAACUAGAUAUUCAGUCUAGAAAGCUUCUAAGUAAGCCAGUAAAAAUCACUGUAUUCAUUCAGAUAAGUGUAAAGGUCAUUGGUUCUACUGUUCUCCAAGUAUGACCAGCUUCAUCUUUGACCGAUAAUCCUCGUCUUUCUCUUUUUUUCUAAUUGUCUCUUUGUUUUCUUUUCCCUUUAUCUUAGACAUGUUCAUAAAGUUGGAGGGUUUCAGAAGAUUAUUGCGAUCGCCAAGUCGCGAGAUCAUUACUCUCCGAGGAUUGUAAAAACAGCAAAUCAGGUACGACAGAACAUGCAAUUAACUCUUCAAUUCUCACGAUUUGACUCUAGUUCUCCCAACAGUUUACAGACAUUUCCUUGAAGUUGAUGUAGAAAAAAUGAUUCUCUUACCGGCUGAGCUGGCGGGAGAGGCCAGCGAGGAGGUUCUCACACAUUGAUUGGGGGGCUGGGUAACAGCCAAGUCUUUAUAAUGAUUUGGUUGUAAAAUUACGACAACUUUGUCUAGUCUCAUUGCCCGUUUGGUACGUGAUGCAUUAAUACUGUAAAAAGAAGGUACAUGCCAACCACUACACCCCUCUCCACCGAAGACUGAAAAUGGGUUCUAAAGAAUUGACAGGGAUAGAUGACAAAAUAUUUAGGGGGGAUGGGGAAAUAACCUUUGAUGGACUGACAUCCCAGUUUUCGAGAUCUUAAAACCGUCGACUUUGAAAUGAAGUUCAGUGCAAAACGUUUUGUGUGAAAAUGAAUCAUAAUUGCAUGAGAAAAAGCAAGAUUUGGACUCGUGCACGUUUUAAAGCAGGCGUCGUCUGAUUUUUUUAAAUCGCUUAUUAGUUCUACAUAACUUAAACAUUUCAUUUUGCGUCUGUGUCAUGUGUUGAAAUGCCGUUUUCAUUGUUGCACCACAGGUUUUAAUAACUCUUUGGAACUUACCAGCUCUUCGAAGCUCUCUCAAAAAAGAAGGCUGGGAAUUUACUAAAGAAAUUGGAGAUGAAUACGGUCAUGUUCCAACUACCCCGCGGCCUUACGACGAGGUAACAAUGCCACGGGGACCGCAGAGAGGAGCGCCGUCUGCUGUCGGAAGGAACGAACCACGACCAAUACGAUCCGACGAAACGUCCAUCCCCGAACCUCAAUAUGACCCCGAACAAAGAAGUGCACCCCCAAGAUUUUCCGAAGAUGGUUAUGAAGCCGAUGACGAUGCUCGGCGGCGAAGAGAACCGAACAACACACGAAACGAGUUGGAGAUGGAAGACAUGAGUGGCUAUAGGGAAAUCGAUCAUCGGUCGGGUGUCGAGAGAGGCGGGGGUGUUCAAGUUUUACCUCCAGUUGAACCGCCGGCUUACCCUGACGGGGGUGGACAGCCUCAAGAAGAACCGGCAUACGCUCGUGUAGAUAAGAGUAAAAAGAAAACGUAUAAAUUACAAGGAGGGGAAGGUGCAACCUCUGACUCGUGGGUGUGAAAAUAAUUUCAUGAACGUUCCUCUGAACACUUUUUCGCAUGAAGCUUGGAGAUCGCUCACACACAAACCGCAGUGAUCGAAAGAACUCUCAGGAACGUGUGACAUCUUCGUGUACAACAGUGGUGUUUUUGUAAACGUCGCUAAAUGGAUCGAAAUCGCUAGAAGGACGCAAAUUCAAAUUUUAAUGAUUGAAAAGCGUUUCUUCUCGGCAGACAUUUAGGAUUUAUAGUGUUUUAAAGUUAAUUGCGUUCACUGAUUGAACGAACGCCACCUUGAAUGCUGAUUUAUGGCAAUUCUAGGGAAAACUGAUUUUAAUAAUAGUUUGGUCACAGUGUAAAUGUUUCAUUUAAGCAACACAUUCAUACAAUGUGCAAAUUAACUGUUAGAUGCUAGAAACUGGAUAAUUACCUCGUUGAAAGAGGGCUUAGAAGGCCUAGUAACAUUUUUUAGUUGUUUUUGUAUGGAAAUAGUAAAAAUAAUUCAACCUGAUCCGUUAUCGUCUUUUAUACUACUUUAUUGACACGGUAAAUCUUCCUACAUAAGAUGCUCCAGCUUCUAACUUCUUGCAAGCCAAGUCGAAACGUUCCAAGUUCGUUAUCCGCAUAUUUGACGAAGCAAAGAAAUGAAUUCACUAUUCCAUGACAUCGGCCCUGUUUCUUGGAUUGGUCACAAGCAGCGAUCAAAUUAUAGGCUGGUAGUAUGCAUACAGCAGACUCUGAUUGACAAUUACUAUUCACCAAUAAACCAUCAAAGGAGGCAAAAAAAUGCUUCUUUAAUCGAGAAACAGUUAAACAUUUCCACUACAUCACUUUAUUCGGUUUGAAUAAAAACAGG